AGCGAGAACAGGCUGUCAACAACACUAUACAAGAACUAACAGCAAACUCGCCCUUCCUUUACUCCAUAUAAAUAUAUUUCCUUAACCUUCAUGCGUUGCUUGUACUAGAAACGGGAUAAAAGUAAUGGCGGACGAGAAGCGCCUUAUUGGACCGAUUAUGAUUAUUUUUAUAUAGUUGUUUCUUUAGCAGCCGCAACAGUUUCCCGCCACUGACAUCAAUGCAGGGAAAAUGAACGUUAGCCAGGAAACCUAACUGCGGGUUAGCAACAAGAUAAAACUGCGCGUUUAGUGGGUGUUGUUAGAGGAAGAAAAUGGAAAACAUCACCCAAGUAGAAAUCAGUCCACAACCAGACCUCACUUUACCGCUCUUCCCAAAACGAGCAAGGACAGAUUGUGCUGCGACAGAAGACCCCAACGGGAACUGCAUUUUCGACUCUACACGGCUUUGGAGAUCUCAGGAUAUAAUCGGCAGCCUGUCGUCAAAUAACCUGCAGAAGACUGACUGCCUGAGUACUGCAGAAUGUGAGCAGUAUCACGAUGAGAAACCCUGGGGCCUUGCUCCCGCUUCUCAUGUGACUUCUGUUCACAUGAACGGCGCACAUUCAGAAUCAUAUGAAGUGAGUCCUGAGAGAGAUGUAAUGUCUGUUGUUGCAGAAACAGACGAGCCAAGGGCUGCCGGCAACAACACGCCCAGUUUUCCUAAAUUUAAGCAGCUGGAGAAGUCGCCUGAGGAUGAAACUCCUGGAAGCUCUGGUGUCUGUCUUCCAGAUGAUGAGAAUCAUGGGACUCAGGCUCAAACCCAUCCCAGCCUCAUCCAGGCAUUUACAUUCAGUUCAGAUCAGGGGGCUGACACAGAUCAUACUUUUCAUCCAGCUGAUGUUGUGGAGAGUAAUCUGAAGAGAAAGGAGGCUCAUUUCAGCGAGAUUGGACCUCUGAGGAAAGCAGAAGGAGGGAGCCCCAAAUCCUCCCAUGCUUUUCUACUCUGCUCAAAUGUUGAAGGGGGUCAGAAAUCAGAUGUUCAAAUUUGUGACAAUAUAGAAACAAAAGGUCAGGUCAACGAGACCGGCAUGACUUUCAUCGAAUUCUCCAAGAGAUCAAUUCCUUGUUAUGAGAUAGUGUCACGCAGAAAUAUCUCUACUGAAAAUGUGAGUUUUGAAGACCAGGGUUACAUUGGAGCUGAUCAUUCAGCAAAGAUUCCAGCAGCUGCGGGAAUCAGUCCAGAGCCUGCUGAAGGAGAUAAUGAGGCUGACGCUUUCAGUGUAAUUGACCCUGUAAUCUGGAAUGAAAUUGACAAGGAGGUUGAACGGCUGCUCUGUAACUCAGACAGCACUGCAGGUGGAGGAUUAUCUCCAUUAGUUGAAGUCUGCAUGGUGGGAAAAACUCCUCCGCCUUGUUCUGAAGUCAGAACAUCACAGGAUUCAUCUUCAGACCAGACCAAGCAGCUUCAGGACCAGAGGAGAACACCGCAGUGUGGGGAUGAAAAUAAGGUCGAACCACAGGCUUGUUCUGCAACAAACAACGAAACGCAAGACCAGACCGACAAUGAGGGCAACCCUCAAUGGAAAUCCAGUCCUGCAAAGGCCCCUCCUGCUGGAGAUGAUGGAUCAGAAGAAAUCUGUGAUACAGCAGGACCUCAGCUGAAGGAGCAGAGUCUGUCCAGUUUCCUGGCUGCCAGCCUUAACCACAUGGAGACACAGGAGCUAGACAUUGACAGAGUGGACGAGGCUGCUGGGAUAAAACAGCAGCAUCUUCCAGAAGAAACAGAAAGUGAUAAGCUGAGGAAUUUAGAAACAACGAAGUCAGUUAGGGCUGAUAUCUGUGUGAUGGAUGUGACGGCUGAAGGAGAGGAACAAACCCAAGAGGUAGAUUUUGGAGGAGUAAUCAACUCUGGUGAGUGGGAAACUUCAGAGAAACAGGGAGAAUCUGAAGAACAUGAGCAGAAACAGAGCGAGCUCAUAGAGGACAUAAGCGAGGAGUCUUCUAGCCAAGAUGUUGGUGAAUGGGUGGAGAACAGAUUGACUUUGUUUAAUGGAGAAGAUCCAGAACAAAGGCUUGGUUGUUUCCCUCAUGAUCAACACACACCAGAUAUUUCCACGCUCUGCACUGUUCCUCCUACCACUGAUGCUGUUGUUCCAUGCCGGUCUCAAAAUGCUCACCAGCGCUCCAUAUCGCUGAAGCUUAGCUGCUCCACUCCCUGCAACAGUGUGCUCAGGGAGUUUGACACGUUUGAAAAGAUCAAACUCUCACCUGAUGAUGAUGAUGGUGACAGUGAUGAUGCUGCAGGCCUGAGCUCCAUGCCUGUCCUCAUCAGCUUAUCCAGACAGCUGCUGAACACACCACAGGAGCAACGAGAACACCAUGUGCAAGUGGCAGACAGGGAGAUUAAUGAGAAGACACAUGUAGAGGGGGAUGAGAAGGAGAAGGAACGGUCUGGGUGUCACCCUGACAACAUGGAGAACGGAUUUGUCUCCAGUGAUUCCAAUUGUAAUGAAGUCCCAAAUUUGAUCUCAGCAGCAGACGUCUCCACGCCCGCACAGCCGGAGAAAGAGCCUAGCUGUGGAUCAGCCUGGGAUUCCUCUCAGUGCUCGCAUAAUCAAUUAAACCCACAGUCCUCUGCUGUUCUCGCUGAGUCCCGCAGACCCUCUCCUGACCUCAACCAUAGCUUUGACUUUGAAAUGAAGGAACAGUUCAGCAGGGUCCUACAGGAGCUCAACUUGUUCUUUGAUGUCAGUAGAAACGAAUUGAGUGACUGCGGGCGAUCCUCACCUAAGCCGUGCAACGAUCUACCCGAGUCCACGGAGGACAAUACCUCUAAACCUAUGGAGCAUCUCGGCAUCCCAGCACCGGGGCACUACGCUUAUACAUCAACAGAGAAAGCUGUUGAAGACCACAGUCUGGUGAUGUGUGGAGUUGAUCCAGUGGGUUCCUGUCCUGUUAUCAGGGGUGAUGGCGAGCAGGAGGUGCCCCUUAAUGGAAACCUGGGCCAGGAACCAUCGAUGGACACUGAAGAGAAAAACAGAGAGUCCCAGGAGGCGGAGCAGAAAGUUGAAAUUUGGUCUCCAUCCUUCAUGUGUCUGCCUCACUUGGAACCUUUGAGCCACAGACCACCAGAGCUACCCAGGAGGCUCGAGCCUUUGAAAACAUGCACUCGACCAAUCAGGGUUGGACUUUCAAAAAGAGCCAAGACCAAACAGCUCCAUCACUUACAUCCAUACAAAUGAAUAUGGAGACACGGAGACCAGGAGGAUGUGUUGGUGUGAAUGAUGUUCUCAGGGUUUUUCUGGUUGUACUGUUCAACUGGUGAGAUGUUGUUGCCUCUGGUUCAUUAACCCGUUUUCUUGUUGGUUCUGGUUGGUGCUACUUGAAGUCACUCUGUCAGUAAAUGCUGAUAGCUGUUUACAGUCCACAUUUGCUUGAUAAAAUCCAAUGCAUGUUCUAUUUAUUUAUUUAUUUAUAUGUAACAUGUAACCAUUUCAAGCAUUGUUGUAAUGUUUAUACAGUAUUUGUUUACGUGUUUUACACCUUCGUGAGAUCGCGUUAUUAAGGCAACGUUUCCUUUAAUGCAGGCAUGUUUAAUGUAUGCUCUGCUCUAGGUACAUGUUCCUGUUAUGUGGGGGUGUAUUCAGCUGGUUUUCAUUAGGGGGAGGAGGUUCUUUGUGUGUUCGGUUAUUUUUACCAUCUCCUCGAAAAGAAAAUACAGUAUAGUCAAACAUUUUUGUCUCCAGAAAUAAUUCUCUCUUCUAUUUUUUAAAAGAUACAGAUCUAAAUUUCUCAAAUUGCUCGGUUUCUUCUGCUUUCUUAUACUGUAUAAAAGACUGUGAUAAUCCACACUGUAGAAACAUUGUUUAAAGCUAGCUAGGUUUAAUGUGUAUUACAACUACUUACUGGUUUCCAUGCAUCUUAUAGGCUGUAUGCAACUUGUUAGUCACACGUUUAUUCAGUUCAAAGCCAUAAACUAUAAUAUGCAGCUCUGGAGGAGCUACAGAGGUCCACAGCUCAGGUGGGAGAAUCUGUCGACAUCAUUGCUGUUAGUCGUCCACUCCACAAACGUGACCUGUGUAAAAGAAUGGCAGAAAUAAGCCGAUAGAGCUCCUGUUUACACUUUGCAACAAGAAGUGUUGAUGACAAAGUAAACAUGUGGAAGAAAGUGCGUCGACUGAAUGUAACGUUUUGGUUGACAUGCAAAUGUGUGGCGAAAAGGUCACACCAUAAACACUACUCCCACCCUUAAACAUGGUGGUGGCAACAUCAUACUGUGGGGUCCAUUUCUUUGUUAGGGAUAUGGAAGCUGGUCAGAGUUAAGAUGAAAAUGGAAAAACCUGGAAAGGGCCUGGAUACAAAUACACGCCAUGCAUUUUCACAUUUUCCUUGUUUUUUGUAAACCAUGUACUAUUUUCCUUCUACUUUAAAACAAUGCAGUGCUUUGUGCCGGUCUCAAAUCCAAAUAAAACACAUCAACGUU